AAUAAGAAAAUAUUUUAUCAUACGGACAUGAAUCGAAUUACGGCGUUAGAAAUUAAGAAAGGGACAAAGAAUCCUUUAAGAGUUCAUGGAGGGGAAGUUAGUUGGUAUCUACAACAAUACAGUUAAUUUUGCAACUACCUUAAGUGUUCAGAUUUCAUGUUAGUUGGCUAUUUUUGUAUCUUCGCCUUCAGAGCGGCCCAAUCUGUAUUCAUGAAAUCGGCCGCACGCUCCGCUAUCAUGAUGGUGGUGGCAUUUGUUUUUGCGCUGAACACAUCGGGCAUAAUGCUAGCAUCUGCCACACGUACAUUCCAAGUUCCUUGCAAACGCAAUUGAGAGUGCACACAGUAGCGACGUCAGUUGGCGAACCCAUCUUCACAAUGCCUGCUUUGUAGCAUCAUUGCUCCAAGGCCGUGUUGCAGCAGAGAGAAAACAGACUGCCCACCUCGCAACGUAACAAUCGACCACAACACGUGAGGGAUGGGAUAGAUAGAGAGAAGAGCUUGACAAGCUAGCCGACAGGGGUAAUGUUCGAAAAUCCUACGAAAAGAUGUGGCGACUAAUAGAAGGUUUCAAGACCGAAGCAUACUCUUGUAGAGCCCCCAAAGGUGAUAAAGCGACUGAUGCCCAGCAAUCACAAAAUCAUAUACAUAUGUAUGUAUCUCCAAACCACUUUUCAGCGCCUCUUUGCCAUAGUUUUUAGGCCAACUAUCCUCCGCGGAUAUGGCGCAUUGCGCAGUAAUGAAAGUUUGUAUCAAGGUGUUCACCAAACUGCUCGCCAAGUCCGCAUUGGGAUUGGCGCAGUAUGUAUCAAAACCGGUGCAGACAUUCUCUGUCUGUGAAGCACAAGCGAUGCCGUUAUAUUUUAGACUAGAAUAUGUUCGAAAUAUUUCGCAUUUGUUGUGAAGACAGAGUGUUCAUCAACGUUAAUAAAACCUAAAACGCAUUCCUUCCCUUUUGAUUUUUCCGGUCAAAGGUGGCCCAGUUUUUUCUGUGUUGACAAACUUGAACUUUCAGAUGAACCGAAUUGUUUCGUAUGUCCCGGUCCAAGGACUGUCAUAAGGACUGCUUUGGUAGCAAAAUGUCUAAAAAAAUAUUUUUUCUACAGCCUGUAAGCGACAGCUGAUGAAGUAUUUCUGUUCCCAGAUGUACAUCAUCCAAUUAUAGAUAUGAUUUAGUGAUCUCCAAACUUUCAAGAACCUACUGACCUUUUUGCUAGUUUACUGCUGAGACUAAAAGUAUACCACGGCCAAACAUACAAUCGCUUAUUCUCAUUGUAGUUAAUUAUACGAUAAGACACCUACUUCCGUAAACAAUGGCCUUAUACAAAUCGCAGUGAAACAAUAAGUCGCCUACACGCGUUUCGAAAUUGGGACAACAGCUUUUAACAUAUGAUCUUCACAAGUUUGUAAAUAUAAUCAAAAUACCCGUUAUGGCAAGCGCUUCGUUUCAGCUGCCUUGCGCAUCGCAGAGCUUAGGUACAGUCAACAGUUUGGUGUCUACGUUGGUCCAAACACUGCUAACAGCACAAUGUGCUAUUUCAGCAGAGCCGAAUUGGCCAAAGGAUUAUGGUGAUACGGCCAUAAAGGAAGGACUUGGAAAAUACGAUUUCAUUGUGGUAGGCGCCGGUACAGCAGGUUCGGUGGUGGCAAGUCGUUUGAGUGAAAAUCCCAAGUGGAAAGUGUUGGUGUUGGAAGCUGGCGACGACCCUCCACAAGAGUCAGAGAUACCUAGCUUGACUAGUACUGUACAGCAAAGCCCUUACACCUGGAGUUACUAUUCCGAACCGCUUGCGCACGUUUGUCAGGGGCUUAUCCACCGCCUCUGCUUUCAUCCACGCGGAAAGGCUAUAGGUGGUUCGGGCGCAAUCAACGGAAUGAUGUACGUGGAAGGACAUCGCAAGGAUUUCGACGAUUGGCUGGCCGCAGGCAACACAAAGUGGGGCUGGGCGGAUGUCAAGCGCUAUUAUGAGAAAGCGGUGCGCCCAGUGGGCAAUGCCACACAUCCAAAAGGAUAUGUAGUGCUGAACGAGAAUUACUCAGACCAAAAAUUGGUAAUAGGCAACGUGAUCUUCAAUGCCACCGCAGAGUUGGGCUUACCACGGUUGGGAAAGCUGGAGAAUGGCAUAGAAAUAGGUACAAUGUAUUUGCCAGUAACGGCGAGAGUUGGUAGACGGAUGUCCACGGGCAAAGUGCAUUUGGCGAAAGUGUCCGGGCGUCCCAAUUUGCACGUGAUAAAAAAUGCGCAUGUGCGCAAGAUACACUUCGAACGUGGCGGUAAGGUAGCCACCAAGGUAACGUUUCUGCUGCGUGGCGUGCAUGAGCUAAGCGCCGAAGUGCACAAAGAGGUAGUGCUUUCAGCUGGUGCUAUAGAUUCACCAAAGUUGUUGCUUUUAUCCGGUGUGGGCCCGCGCAAGCAUCUCAAAGAGUUGCGCAUUCCGGUGGUGCGCGACUUGGCGGUUGGCGCGAAUUUGUGCGAUCAUGUUAUCACUACGAUCUUUUUCAGAUUACCCAAUAACACCUUAGUUGAGCCCAGUCAUCAUAGUUUGCGCCCAACAGAUGCCAUCUAUGAUUAUCUAAUACAUAAUCGAGGCAAUUUGAGCGGCAUUCCCAGUGGUCUUACGUCUUUCCUAAAUACCAAAGGUGACAGCUCUGUUCCAGACAUAGAGUUCCAUUAUAAUCUCUAUCGAAGUGAAAAUAGGCAACUCUUCCUAGGUCACAUGGCCAGGCGUAAUGAAAAGAUAAUUGCAAGCAUAAAUCAGAAUUUCAAGGACUCGCAUUUGAUAAACUUUAUGUUGAUACUCGCCAAACCGCGUUCCGUUGGCAAAUUGCGACUACGCAGUGCCGAUUAUCUAGAUGCGCCACGCAUGUACUCCAAUUACCUUGAUGAUCCUGAAGAUAUAGCGACUAUGCUUCGCGGUAUCCGCUUUCUUGAAAGUCUGGAGCGCACGAAGACCAUGCGCGCACUUAAUGCAACUUUGCUUCAUAUACCGUGUGACGAAUGCGACAGCUAUAAGUACCGUUCGGACGCCUAUUGGCGCUGUUACAUCAAAUAUAUGGGAGAGGGAGGUUUUCACCACGUUGGCACUGUGAAAAUGGGUCCAAAGAGCGAUCGGGACGCAUGUGUCAACCCACGCCUACUAUUGCAUGGCGUACAGAAUUUACGUGUAGCGGAUGCCAGCAUUAUGCCGGAUGUACCACGGGGCAAUACGAAUGCGCCGGCGAUUAUGAUCGGCGAGCGCGCGGCAGUAUUUAUAAAGGAGGAUUGGAACGAGUGCACGGAGCUGGUGGAGCCGAAGUGAGAAUAACAAUAUAAAAAUAAAAUCCAAUAAAUAACUAACUUAAUUAUAUUUACUGGGCAAUGAAGUCUCAAACCGAGUGGAAGUUUGGGUUUAAAGAGGGGAAAAAUAAAUAAACAAGGUAACUGUGUAGUAGGAAUUUUCGGCAUUCGAACGCAAACAUCCAUCUUAAAUUUUUAAUUAUUGUAGCUGAGCUAAAAUAGACUUGUGUGUUUACGUCUAUUUCUUCUGUGAAUAUGUGGUGUGUCCAUACAAUAAAACCUAGGAGACUAAAAGCGGUCAUUGGCCCCAUAAAAUGUAAACAAAAGAUUCAGUGACCUGAAAUGUGAACAAAGGUUGUUUACUUGGCUAAAUGUAAACAAAGGUCGUUGUCUUAGCUACUUAGCUUAGUUACUCUUGUGUAGGAAUUUUCAGCAUUCGAAAGCGACUAGCUUUAUAGCCGUUCGGAUUGAUUAACUCUCUACAAUACACAACUUCGA